AUGUCGAUCUUAUUUUUAAUUAUUGACGUUUUUCUUAUUUUUCAUACAGUCAAUGUAAUAUGUUUACUGUCAUCGUCGUCAUCCAGAAAAAUAAUCGAUAGCCAAACAGGUAAUGAAAAUGUCCUUGACUGUCAAAUUAAUAGAACACGAUGGACACUCCCCUCAAUUCUUCAAUGGUAUCGUUCAAUAAAUAAUUAUACAAUACCAAUAGCUAGUCAAUUUAAUGAUUAUCCUGUUCAUAUCGAGGAUUCAUUUGUUAAUAAAUAUAGCCUACUGUCAAACGGUUCGUUAAAAAUUGAAAAUAUUGAAUUAAAUGAUAAUGAUACAUUUGAAUGUCGACUGAUUUUAAUCGAUCGUGGUUUACUUGAUGUAAAAGAAAAAUAUUUUCUAACGCUUCGCGUGAAUGAACGUCCACGUUUUAUUAAUCUAUCGAAUUCAAUACAAAUUGCUGUACAAUAUUCAACAGUUAAUUUAAAUUGUCAAAUUUAUGGCAUUCCAAACCCAACGGUUACAUGGUAUAAAGUUAUUCAAAAACGAGAACAAACGAUUGAUGAAGAAAACUUACAAUUACUGUUAGCAAAUAGCCAAUAUUUUACACUUCAAAAUGUAGAUGAUAGUAUGGCUGGUAAAUAUAGAUGUGUUGGAAAAAAUCGACUUGGCUUCAUACAAAAUGACUUUCAACUACUCAUUCGAGGAUCUAUUUAUUGGCGACAUUUUCCAGAAAAUCGAACAGUUAAAAUUAAUGAUAGUAUUACUCUCAAAUGUGAAGGUCAAAGUAGUGAACCAUUACAAUAUCAAUGGUUGAAAGAUGAGGUUUCUCUAUCGGAUACGAUCUCAUUACAAGAUCGUAUACGUACCUACAGUGAUGGUCUUCUGAGUAUUAAUAAUAUUGAACCUUCGGAUCAUGGAUCAUAUGUAUGUAAAAUUAGUACAUCGAAUUCGACAAGUAUUCGUAGUAAACAGGCUCUUAUCACUGUUAAAUAUCCGCCUAUUCCAUCACUUAGCCGUCAAGCAACUAAUAUAACAUUAAUUGAAGGGUCAUUAGGGGUAUGUCCAUGCUUACUUGAUGCAUAUCCACCAAUUCAGUCUGUUUCUUGGUAUCGCAAUGGAAGAUCUAUUCGUAUCGAGUCGAAAGGCGGUGCGUAUACUAUCAAUUCUGAAUAUUCUUUACUUAUAAAGUCAGCUGACACGCGUGAUAAUGGUGAAUAUUUUUGUCGUGCACAAAACUCAGAAGGAUUCGGUCGUGACAGUACACCAUUUUAUGUUCUAAUAAAAGAACCAAUUCAAUUUAUUUCAAAACCAGAUUCUAUUUAUUAUGUUAACGAAAAAAGUCAAUUGAUAUUGCCUUGUGUGGCCGUUGGUAAACCACAGCCUACGAUUAAAUGGUUUAAAGAUUCAAUUGAAUUAGAGGAAAUAAAUGAAAAUCUAACUUUGGAGUACAUUGAAAAAACUGACCAUGGUUUAUACAGAUGUCAAGCAUCCAAUGAGUAUACAACAACAAAUACUAGUACUUUUAUAGUUGUUGAAAAUAUAACACCACAAGCACCUGUGAAUGUUCAAUAUAAACAAAUUUCAUCGAACAUUCUACUUUCUUGGGAACCUGGUUAUGAUGGUGGUCGAAUUCAACAUUUUAUUAUAUGGUAUCGUGUGAUAAAAACAAAAAAAGGACAUUGGAAUCAAAUACGUGUAUUGCCCAAUAAUGCAACUGAAUUUCUUUUAUUUGAUUUGACAUUACAACAAACAUAUGAACUAACAAUUGUAGGUGAAAAUGAUUUUGGUUUAGGGACAUUCAGUCCCAUAGUAUCAGUUUAUAUAAAUAAUCAUCAAGAUCUAUCUAUUGGAUAUUUUUAUUAUUCAAAUACAACAAAUUUCGUCCGACCAUUAUCACCCACUGGUCUUCAUUUAUCAUAUUCAGGAACAAAUCUUUAUAUAACAUGGAAUCAUCCAAAUCCGGUUGAAUCAUCCAUAAAAAUUGCUUAUUAUGUUAUACAAUGGCGUUCAUCAAUUGUUUUUAAUAAUCAACAAUCUCAGCAAUCAAUUGUUAUUCAAUAUCCUAGCCGCUCAUUUACAUUAAAAGAUAUUAAGCAAUCGAAAUAUAUCAUACAAGUCAUAUCGUAUUCACAAGAGGGAACAUAUAGUACUCCAAUUGAAUCAGAUAUUCAAAUUCAAUUCAAUGCAAUUCUUGCUUAUCGUGGUUCACGUCAUCUAUUAGUAUCGAUAUUUUGUUUUUUGACUCUAUUAACAGUUGCAACACUAUGUAUCUGUGCAUUUUUUACCGUUAGAUAUUAUUAUUAUCGACGAUCUUAUCCAAAAGAUCUGGGCACUGAUUUGAAGUUACUAUAUUGGUGCUGUCCUUCAAUUCAAUCGAGAUUAAAUGAUUGUUCUCGUAUGGAACCUGAUCGAUAUAAUACAAAUCUUCUUACAUCAAAUGAUUCUCAAACAUCGCCAGUUUAUAUGGCUCAACAACAAAUUACAAGUCAAACAAUUGCUAAUUCACUUCGAUCAUCAUCACCUUCAGAUAGUUUUAAUGAUUCGUCUGUAUCUGUAGCUAAAAUUUCAACAAUUCCACGUUGUCGUACCUCAACAUUAUCAAACACAGUAGUUGAAACACCACAAUUAACAUAUCGAUUUAUAUCAACAGAAAAUUCUAAUGUGGUAGUAUCAUCUCCUCUUACGUUUGCUGCAGUAUCAAUAACUAAUGAGGAUAAUAAAAUGACUUCAUUUUUUCAGCCCAUCUCUGCUGGAGAUCUAUCCCCUGUGUCUUACGGUGAAAUUGAGGGUCGUAAAAACAGUUCUCGUCUACCACUUGAAGCUGUACCUGAACUAAGUGAACUUACUCUACCCAAUAGUCGAUAUAGUUUUACUCCAUCAGUGUCGUCGACAAAUAAUGUUGCUAAUCAAUCGCAUUCAGUUCAACCUAGUCCUGUUCUUAUUACAUUUGAUUCUAGUUCUUUAAAACGUCGUUCAUAA